AGGCAGCGGCGGCUUGGGCAGCAGGAGCGUCGGGCCUGUGUCCCGGACCUCCUGGUCCUUGCGCCAUGGCUUGGCUCUCGGCUGCGCAGCAGCCUCGCAGGACACGCGGGUCCUCCGGGCUUCUCUAGUGCCGGCGCGCCGGGGUCGCGGGCAGUGCAGUCCCGCAGGCGACGGAGAGCGGAACCUCUGGAAUGGACACAUCUUCCUGGACAGCUUCCCUCCUUCACAGCAGCUGGACAAUGGACGACCAUCUCUGUUUGUCGGCAUAAUCAGCACCUCAGUUCACUCUGGUGGCAGGACUCAGCCUGGAAUUGUAUUUAGAAAAACCACCCGGACCCCCAGUCUCUCAAUGGCUUCCAGACAACCAGAAAUGCCCGCUCUCGAGCCGAGUGGGCCACUGGGCAAGAUGUCGCUGCCCAUUGGGAUGCACCGCCGGGCAUUCAGCUACGAUGACGCCCUUGAAGACCCCACGCCCAUGACCCCUCCUCCAUCAGACAUGGGCAACAUCCUCUGGAAGCCCGUGAUUCCAGAGCGCAAGUACCAGGACCUGGCCAAGGUGGAAGGACAAACCAGCGUGCCCACCCCUGCCGUGACUGUGUCACCCACUGUCGAUGGCGCAGACAAGGUCCCCGUGGUGAAGGCGAAAGCCACCCACGUCAUCAUGAAUUCUCUGAUCACAAAGCAGACCCAGGAGAGCAUCCAGCGCUUCGAGCAGCAGGCUGGGCUGAGGGAAGCUGGCUACACCCCCCACAAAGGCCUCACCACUGAGGAGACCAAGUAUCUGCGUGUGGCCGAGGCAUUACACAAACUGACGCUGCAGAGUGGAGAUGGCACGAGAGAAGAGAAGCAGCCCGGCUCCAACCAGUCCAGCCCAAGCAGCACCCCCCAGUCCUCCCCACGGCAGAAGUCCCGGGGCUGGUUCGCUUCUGGAUCUUCCACCGCCCUGCCCGGCCCCACCACCAACCCUCUGGAUUUUGGAAGUGGGGAUAAGGACAAGAACUUGGUGGAGCGAUGGAGCCUCUUUGGGCCCAAAGCCCUACAGAAGUCCGACCCGGGACCUUUUGCCACCCAGGCCUACAGAGGUGCCCAGAAACCCUCUCCCAUGGAAGUGAUGCGUACCCAGGCCACCCGCAUGACCGAAGACCCAGAAGCCUUCCAGCUGCCCAGGAUGGACCACCCAGCCACAGGUGGAAAGCAGCAGCCACCCCGGACCCACAAACUCAAACCCCGGGACUUGAACGUGCUCACACCCACCGGCUUCUAGAACUCUAGGGACCUUGGGGGGGAGAUGAUGGCUUGUCACCAGCCACCUCUCUCUCUUUUCACUUCAGCUCCCACAUAGGCUAGGCUCUUUACUGUUAGUCUUCUUAAAAAUAAAACAGACUAGGGGGUCGGGAUGUAGCGCAGCGGGCUAAGCACACGGGGCGCAAAGCACAAGGACCGGUGUAAGGAUCCCGGUUUGAGCCCCCAGCUCCCCACCUGCAGGGGAGUCGCUUCACAGGCGGUGAAGCUGGUCUGCAGUUGUCUUUCUCCUCUGUCUUGCCCUCCUCUCUCCAUUUCUCUGUGUCCUGUCCAAUGACGACGACAUCAAUAACAACAACAGUAAUUACAACAACAACAAAAACAAGGGCAACAAAAAGGAAAUCAAUAAAUAUUAAAAAAAUAAAACAGACUAGAUAGGUGAGAGGCGGGGACAGGGCUGGUCUUUGAGAUCACCUGCCCUGAGCUUGUCCUUGCAUGGAGCCGUUUGUACCUUUUUAUGAUUUAAAGUCCGACUAAAUAGCCUCACAGCGGUGAUAGUGGGAAGCGUUCCCCCCCUCCACCUUUUAUCAUGUAGCCUAGAGAGCUUGUGAGCAAGGUCUAUGUUGGUGUUUCCUUCACAAUCAGUGGGAGGCCAGCACAGUGCGCCCUGUGGUCCCUGGCCGGUCCUCCGUGCUCCAGCUUGUCAGCUGUGUAUUUGUGGGGGAGAGAUGUGUUGGAGGCCUGAGUGUCCACUGGGGCCUCCUUGCUUGUGCGCUGGCAGAAUGCACGAAUCACUGUCCCCACAGCCUGUGCGCUCGCUCUCUCUCUCUCUCUCUCUCUCUCUCUCUCUCUCUCUCUCGGCGGUCUGUCUCCAGCCAGGGCUGCAGGAGGGACACUUGUCUUUUCCCAGAAGCUACACUAGUCCUGCAUCUCCCUUGUUGCACUUUAGAGUGAGGCGAUUCGAAGCUCACUUUGGCCGAAAACCUCCUGUCAAACUCCAGAAGGUGGUGACCAGUCUGCUUAGCGUGCCGAGUUUCCGGUCACCCUGUUUUGAUUGCUUUGUGGAAGUCUGGGCUUGAAACCCCCACCCUGAGGUGGAAGCCUUAGGUUUUCCUGUGGGACAUUCUCCUUCCAAAUGAGCUCCACGCCUGCAGAGGCCAGGUGCUACAACUGGUUGGUACCAUUUUCUUUUUUUUUUGCCUCGAAUCCCUGAUGAUUUUGUUGUAGGCAGUUUAUCAAGCACACAGGGAGCUGAGCUGAGCUGCCCACGGAGAAAGGCCCUGGAGUCUAAAUUGAUGAGAACUGUUAAUUUAUUUGUAUCUUCUGUUAAUGCUCGUGUCUCUUACUUUGACAAUGAAAUUGCUCACUACUUUCA